AUGACAUUUCUUUCAUCCACUCAGACUCCAGAGGCAACCGUGUCGGAGCUCGAGAUGGGGUCAGAUACGCCGUAUCAUACACUAAGCAAGUCGAUGCCUUUCUCAAACCUGGAUCAAUACAAGUACUGGCACGCAGUCGCGCCCAUGCUGGGAGAAAUGCUCUCCAACGGUCAUUACAGUGUCCACAAGCAAUAUGAAUACUUGUGCUUGUUCGCCCAUAUCAUUGUUCCAAGGCUUGGGCCUUUUCCAGGCCAGAAGGACAUCUACAAAUGUUUGCUUGGGGGCACUGGGUCAGUAGAACUCAGUCAAAAUGUUCAGAGAUCAGGCUUUACUACGCGAGUCGCAUUUGAGCCAACGAGUUACAUCGCCAGUACCGGGGCAGACCCGUUUAACAGACACGUCGUACAUGCCACUUUGGCGGAGUUGAGAACAAUUGGAUCUGCCAAUGUGGAUAUGGAGCUGCAUCAGUUGCUCGUCAGUGAGCUAACUUUGACGGACCGUGAGGAGAGACUCAUGACUUCAGAUCAGGUCUUGAAAACGGCGUGGAAAACACAAAUACUUCUCGCUUUGGAUUUGAGUACCUCGGAGAUCACGGUCAAAGAGUACUUUUAUCCUGCACUCAAGGCCUCUGUGACAGGUCAGAGUGUGGCCAAUCUCUGCUUCUCUGCGAUCAGGAAGGUGGACAAACAAGGACUUUUUGAUGCCCCUUGCAAGGUUAUUAAGGCUUAUGUUAGAGGCCAGGAUCAUACAGACCUGUACUUCUUGUCCUGUGAUCUCUGCGAUCCAGCUAAUACCCGUUUCAAGCUCUACAUUAUGGAGCUUGACAUGAGAAUGGCGAAAGUUGAGGAGCACUGGACGAUGGGUGGAAUCCUAACUGGUCACGAUAUAUCAGUCGGUCUGCAAAUGCUGCGUGAGCUAUGGGUCGAGCUUGGCAUUGUUGAGGGAAUGCGAAAUGAACCCGAGCGGCCUUCACUUCCGGGAGAUCCCGAUACAAUUGUUCCAUUCAUCAUGAAUUACGAAAUGAAACCUGACGAGGCGUUACCGAAACCGAAAUUUUACUUCCCUUUGGUUGGAAUUCCCGAGCUGAAGAUUGCCAAUGUACUCACUGCUUUCUUUGAACGCUACGAUAUGCCCGAGCAGGCCGCAGUAUAUCGCAACAAUCUGCAGACAUACUACCCCAGCAAGGACCUGGCAGUUGCAACUGACCAUCAGGCAUGGCUGUCCUUCUCAUAUUCGAAGAGCAAAGGACCGUAUCUCACCAUGUACUAUCACUAG